AGCCUGCGUGGAGGGCGCUGCGCUCAGGCCGGCCCCGGAACUCGCCGCUGCGCACGUGGGGCCGGACGGGUGAACAGUACUAUGGGGCGCAAACUUGAUGUACUGAGGAAGGAAAAACGUGGCCCAGGGCGCAAAGCCCGCAAACAGAAGGGAGCAGAGGUAGAAUUAGCCAAAUUUCUUCCCCCAGCUACUGAUAACAGUGGAAACAAAUUAUCCAGCCAUGCACGAAAAAGGGCUGCAAAGAGACGAAUGGGGUCAGGAAAAACCCAAGCUAGGAAAAAUCUGCUUCAGCUAAAGAAGCCAACAGAUAAGGGGGAGAUGGAUGGCACCAGCACAGCUGCAGAGCAGCCAUCACCACAGAAAGGAGGAAAAUGCAAGGGGCAAGCAGAAGGAGCCUCUCGGCACCCUCAGCUUGGGUGCAGUGACAGCUGCUCACUUUCGCUAACUCCAGCCAAGAGAUCACAGCCUGCUGGCGAUAAUGAAGAAGAGCGUUUGGAGUCCAGUGAAAGUGAGGGAGAUGAGGAUGUAGAUGCCUGGGAGAGCAUGGGGGAUGACGGGAGCAAUGAGGAGAUGGUGGAUGAUUAUGGCGCCUCAUCCUCUGAGGAAGAGGAGCUGCUGCCCAUCGAACAAGCCGCCCGGAAGCAGAAGUCUGGCAGGGAGGAGCUCAGUGAGGAUGACAGUGAAGAAGAGGAGGAGCUGGUGAGCAGCCGAAGCAAGGGGCAGGAGGAAGAGGAGGACACAGACCUGCAGCUCAAUAUGGAGAUAGAUGAGCAAUUUGUGUUACCCAGUGGUGAGGAGAUCGAGAGAGAGACUGCUGAGCCACCUGACCUGCACCUCAUUCAUCAGCGUAUCAAGGACAAUGUGGAGGUGCUGCAGGACUUCAGGGUGAAGCGGGAGGCGGGACGUGCCCGGCAGGAGUACCUCGCAUUGCUACGCCAGGACCUUGCUGCUUACUAUUCCUACAGUGACUUCUUGCUUAAGAAGCUCAUGGAGCUCUUCCCUCUCCCUGAGCUGGUCAACUUCUUAGAAUCUAAUGAGGUUCCUCGCCCCAUGACGCUUCGUACCAACACGCUGAAAACACGGCGACGAGACCUGGCACAGGCUCUGAUUAAUCGCGGUGUGAAUCUUGACCCCCUGGGGAAGUGGUCGAAAACAGGGCUUGUUGUCUACGAUUCCUCUGUGCCCAUUGGUGCCACCCCUGAGUACCUGGCUGGACACUACAUGCUACAAGGAGCUUCCAGCCUCCUUCCUGUCAUGGCUCUGGCCCCCCAAGAGAAUGAACGCAUCCUGGACAUGUGCUGUGCCCCCGGAGGCAAGACCAGCUACAUAGCUCAGCUGAUGAAGAACACAGGUGUGAUCCUGGCCAACGACAGCAGUGCUGAGCGGCUGCGCAGUGUGGUGGGGAACCUGCACCGUCUGGGAGUCACCAAUGCUGUCUUGAGCCACUGCGAUGGACGCCAGUUCCCCAAGGUGCUGGGUGGGUUUGACCGUGUCCUCCUUGAUGCUCCCUGCAGUGGCACAGGUGUCAUCUCCAAGGAUCCUGCUGUCAAAACCAACAAGGAUGAGAGGGAUGUCCUGCGUUGUGCUCAUCUUCAGAAGGAGCUGAUUCUCAGUGCUAUUGACUCAGUCAAUGCUGCCUCAGAGACGGGGGGCUACGUAGUGUACUGUACCUGCUCCAUCAUGGUGGAAGAGAAUGAGUGGGUUGUGGAUUAUGCCCUGAAGAAACGCAAUGUUCGCUUGGUGCCCACAGGGCUGGACUUUGGCAAGGAAGGAUUCACCAGGUUCAAGGAGCGUCGCUUCCACCCAUCCCUCAAAUCCACACGGCGUUUCUACCCUCACACCCACAACAUGGAUGGGUUCUUCAUCGCCAAGCUCAAGAAAUUUUCUAAUGCCAUCCCCAAAAUGCAGAAAGAUGAGGAAUCUACUGUGGAAACAGCAAGUCCAGCAUCUGCUCCAGAAGUAGCUGCAGAGCCACAGCUUAAAAGGAAAAAACUUGAGAGGUUGAAAGUCACCGUGGGGCAGAAGAAGCAGCGGCAGCCCCCUUCAAAGGGAGGUUCUGUGCAAAGGCAUAAGAGGCCCUUUCCCCAGCGUCCAGGAGCUCGGCCACCUGCCAGGAAGCAGCACAGAGUGCACCCGAAUAGACAAUAAGAGGGACUGCCUCUCUGGGCUUUGGUGUCUGAUUCCAUGAGAGUUGCAGGGAUGGGGCAUUCUCCUUGAAGGCUGAAGGUCAGGGACUCUCCAGAUUCCACCCAUGUAGGGUUGUUUUUCGCCAUCUUGUGCAGAUGGUUGCUUUACCAGUAAGUGUCUGGGACAACUAUUACCCCUACAGAGGGAGCAUUUUUUGGACUUGCAGCCCAGUGUGCUUCCCCCAGCAUGGGAUUGGGAUGCUGGAUUGAUAGAUCCUGAUUCAUUAAAGAUUUAUACUUUGAUCAAAUUCUCUCUCUCCCUGCAUGUCUAAGGCAGGAAUUUAUUUCAGUGUAGUGUAACUGGACCCUGCAGUAAAUGUUCAGCUGUAGCCACUUGUUCUUGUGCUGCACUGUGGCCUCUCCCUCUGUACUUGGCUUCCAUUGUUCUGUUCUCCCAUCACUCUCCCUCUCUGCCUCUUUGCUUUCUGUCCUGCCCUUAUUCUGACCCUCCUGUUUCCCAAUCUUCUGUCAUCCACUCCAGUCACUUCACCCCUCCUUCCCAAACCCUUCUUUUGUGCCCCUUUCUUUCUCUCCUGGGCCAGUGCUGGGGGCUGCCUUACAGCUUGGUUCAUUUGCCUCUUCACUCACUCUCUGGCUGCUGUGGCUCAAUAAGUGGGGCUAGCAAAGGAUGGAAGGGAAUUGCUUCUGCUGGAAGGCUACUAAGCUUCAUACAAACCCCGGUAACUGCCCUAUGCCUAGUACAAUUGGGUACAUUGACAAACAAAAUGAGGCCCAAGUUUGAUGCUGCAAUAGCCAUCAAACAAUAAAUGUCAACCCUAACCCUUAAGUACACACAACAAAUAUGAUUUGUAGGAGUACCACAGUUGUCAUACUAGGUAUCUUCCAAAUCAGUUUAACCUUGCAACAGAGAACUUGGUGAAAUUGCUGAUACUUUAACAUCUAGUUGCUAAAACGUUGCAGAAUCCCCUAUAACUACCAGUUGUUCUCAAGUGGUCUCAGGGGGUGGGGAGGAAACAGACCCAAGACCUGAAAGACAGGGCCCUACAAUCACAGGCCAAGGUCAAAAAUCCCACAAGAGGGGGGUGAUGCGUGUUACAGGUUAUGGGGGCUGAUGAACUACCCUUCAGGGCUUGGGGAAGUAGAACCAACGUGAACAGAGGAAAGUGUGGAAUUAACAGUACAAGAAAAUGUAUUAUCAACAACACA